UGCACGAUCCUCAAUUUCUUCUUACAUCCCGGAAAAAGAUGGCCGUAGACCUCAAGGAGUUAGUGCACAGCUUUGUGGAGUCAAGCUCCCAGGAUCUGUGGGAACUUAGUCGCUUCGUGUGGGCGCACCCGGAGCUCGAAUUCAAUGAGGUCCAGUGUCACGACUGGCUCACGGACUUUCUGGAACGACGCGGCUUCACGGUGACCCGUAGCUACCUCCUGGACACGGCCUUCAGAGCCACAUUCGAAGCUCCCGGUGGCACACAAGGACCCUGCAUUGCCCUGCUGUGUGAGUACGACGCUCUGCCUGAUAUAGGCCACGCUUGCGGUCACAACCUGAUCGCUGAGGCAUCCGUGGGCGCUGCGCUGGCUGUACGUGAGGCCUUGAUGAGCAACACAGACAUUCGUGGCAAACUGGUCGUGCUGGGCACACCGGCGGAGGAGACUGGAUGCGGCAAGGAACUGCUGAUAAGGAAGGGCGCCCUGGAAGGACUCGACGCAGCACUGAUGGCGCACCCGUGUCCAUCGGACAUCCUGACAAUACAGUACUCAGCGUCACAGCAGCUGAGAUUCCACUUCAAAGGCAAAGCGGCUCAUGCAGGAGCGACGCCGUGGGAAGGCGUGAACGCCUUGGACGCUGCCGUCGCUGCCUACACGAAUGUCAGCCUCCUACGACAGCAGCUGAAGCCAAACACCUUGAUUCACGGUGUCAUCACGGAAGGUGGCAAGUACCCCAACGUAAUCCCCGAGAAGACGGAAAUGGUGUUCACCAUCCGUGCCCAGGACGCCCAGGGAUUGAUAGAGCUCCGGCCGAGGGCAGAAGCCUGCUUUCGCGCGGCUGCCGACGCGACUGGCUGCUCGCUGGACAUUGAAAGGAAACCGGCGUACAUGAACGUGAUGCAAAACUCCGUCAUCGCUGAAACAUACCGGAAACACGCCCACGCUUUUGGCGUGUCCUUCCUGGAUGACGUCCUGAAGAACAUACCGCCUUCUGGAGGCUGUACGGACUGUGGCAACGUGUCGUACCGGGUGCCCACCAUUCACCCGCUGUUCGCUCUCGGCGCCCACGAGGGAUCGGUGAACCACACGCGGGGUUUCGCCGCCGUAGCCAACGCAGCCGACUCCCAGCCGCCCACGCUGAGGGCGGCCAAGAUCCUGGCACUGACUGCGCUCGAUCUGCUCAGCGACGCCGAACUAUUGCGCGAAGCGAAGCGGGAGUUUGCAGCUCUGAAGCUUCCGUCGGAAGAGGAGCUGCAAACGGCGCUGUAGGGAAGAGGGGGAGUUUUAGCCGCAGCUGAGGAAACGUUUCGGCACUGCCGUGGUUCGAAGGGACACCAAAGAAGAAGACUUUAUUAGUAUCGGUAAAGUAUUCCUUCUGAACAC